CCCGGCCCUUCCCCCGCCUGAUGCCGCUGGGCGGGAUGACCGCGGUUGGUGGGGAGACCCUGUCCCGGGAUGAGCUCCGAAAAAGGCUCUAUCAGACCUUUAAGGACCGAGGCGUGCUGGACACGCUCAAGCCUAAUUCCUGUAGAAAGCCACGCUGAAAUAUCAGGCUAGUCUGAUGAUCUGGCUUUGUUAAGGUUUGACACAGCUCCGAAACCAGCUAAUCCAUGAACUAAUGCACCCGAUUUUAAGUGGGAAAGUUCGGCCACAGGCUGUUCCAAGUGAUGAUAGUCCACUUUUGAUCACGGCUUCUAACAGCUUGGUGGCAGAUCAUCUUCAGAGAUGUGGCUAUGAGUAUUCACUUUCUGUAUUCUUUCCAGAAAGUGGAUUGGAGAAGAAGAAGCUGUGGACUAUGCAAGAUCUUCUUCAAUUAAUGAGGAUCAAUCCAAAAUCCAGUCUUUACAAAUCACUGACUUCGGGAACUGAGAAGGAAAAUAAAGGUUUUCUUAUGCAGAUUUUAAUCAGGCUUAUGGAGCAUCAUCUAAAUAAGGAAACUUAUGACACAGAAACUCAGACUACCUCAGUGCCUGCUUACAGAGAAUCUCUUGCCGAGAAGCUUCACCUGAUUGAUGAACAGUUUGCAGACUCUUAUCCACAACACCAGAAAUAUGAAUCUUUAGAAGUAAAACUUCAUCAAUAUCGAAAAGAAAUAGAGAAUCAGCUUCAAGAAGAAAUGCGUCAGAAGCUAGAACAUUUUAAAGAAGUUGAAAUAGCAAAGAUUAAAAUGGAGGAGAAAGUGCAGACCCAGAAAGAAAUCUCUGAGCUACGCCAUGAGUUAGAGAGGACACAUCAAGCAAAGUCUGAAGCCUUGAUUUCACGUGAAAAGAAUGCUAUUGAGAGGCUUCAAAAGCAACAAGAGAUAGAAGCAAAGGAAGUAUAUGCUCAGAGACAGAGUCUACUGAAAGAUAUUGAAUUCAUAAGGACCAGAGAGGUAGAACUGAAGCAAAGAAUUGAAGCAUUUGAAAUAACUCAGAAACUUCAGGAAGAGAAAAAUAAAGCUAUUGAUGAUGCACUUCGUCGUCGGGAGGUUACUGUGAAGAACAUAGAGGAAACAUACGACCAAAAGCUUAAGGCAGAACUCUUAAAAUAUCAGCUUGAAUUAAAAGAAGAAUACAUAGUCAGAACCAAUAAAGUUACUGAAGAUGAGAAGAAAAAUAAAGAGCAAGCUAAGCUUUUGCAUGAAGAAGCCAUUGCUGUUAAUUCAAAAAAGGAGGAACUCAAGCAAGCUGUAUCACGCGCAAAAGAGCUUGAGCUGGAUUUGGAGUCAGCAAAAGCCCAGAUUCUAUUGGUAAAUAAACAAAACCAAUUGUUGACGGAAAAAUUAAAAGAGGUAUCAGACUACGGUUUGCUAAAAGAGGAGAAAUUGGAGCUUCAAGUGCAGAAUAAACUACUUAGGCAACAGUUGGAUGAGACUCGCAGUGAGAACCAGCAUCUUCGAGACAAGCUGUCCCAGCCCUCAGCAGAGCACCUGGCCUGCCAAGUGGAGCUGAGAAGAGUGGAACAUUCUAGGAAGCUGGCACUGGAUGAAUUUGAGAGUCAUAGGCAGAUUUUGGAAAAGCAGCUACAAAAUGAGGUCGAACGUUGUGCCCAGUUGAAGACCCAAUUGUUGGACUCCGAAGCUGCUGUCAGAAAGUUAAAUGUGCAGGUUGAGGAGUUGAAACUGCAGGUGAAACAAACACAGGCAGCUUUGGAAAAUGAAGUGUAUCGGAAUCCAAAGCCUUCACUUGUUGAUCGCUCUGUCCUUGACUUCACUGGUGACAAAAUUUUACCUCAUGACAUUUACGUGGAUAGCGCGUUCCUGAAGAAUCAGGUUAUGACCGACGUGACAAAGGUGAACGCUGUGCCAAGAGUUGGCUAUUGGCAACAGGUACAGCCAUGCAGUGCUUCUCCGGAUUCUGACCUGGAGUGUAUGGCGCAAACCCGGGCUAGAAUAAAAGAACUAGAAAAAGAGGCAGAGUAUUUGGAAGAAGCCUACAGGAACUACCAGCACAGAGUCAUGCAGGAUGCAGCUGCAAGCAGAACACCAAGAAACAUUCAAUCCUCUUUACUCCUACAGUGUGCUAUUAGUAGGCCCGUCUUGACUACCCAGCCUGAACUUCUAGAGAAUAAUACCAGCUGCCAGCAUUCCCCCCUGAGCAGUCCAAGAGGUGAAAAAUACAUGAAAAGAACUGGACAGGUUGAUGUCUUUAAAAGUCCCUUGACACCACCACACAAAGGAGCUGCUUCUUCAAGACGCCUUUCUUCUACUCCUGUUUCCAAAUUGGAAAGAGAUGUCAGUAUCAAGAAAAUUUCAGAUGGCAUUGGUGGCUCGUACCUUGCCUCUUCACAGCAGAGUGUUGACCAGGUGUUUUCUCCUAUUUCAAAGCCACAUAUACUUUCAUCUUCUGACUCUGUUUCUUCAUCACCCUCCAGCCGUGGCCAGAGAACCAGACUUCAUAAUCAACAAACAGACAAACAAGAUUUCAGUGAUAUCCCCAAACCAGAGAAACUGAUGUAUGAGGACCUUGAAGAACCCAUUUCUUCUCCGGAGUAUCAGGGGGACAUUCCAGAGCAGUGUGAAAGUGAUGCCUUGCAUCCAUCUGGGGACAUCGUCAAUGGAAACCAUGUCACAGCCACUGUGCCAGCAACAGCCACUUCGCUGCAGGACUUAACGGUGCUAGAUCAAAGACAGAGUGAAGAGCAGAACAGAGAAGUUGAGACAAACUUAGAAGAAGAAAGGAAAGCAAGAGAAGAAAGGAGAGAGACAGAACAACAGGAAGCUUUGGAAAGAGAGCAAACAGAAGCGGAAAAGCUUAACAAAGAGUGGAUCCAAGACUCGACAAAAAUAGAUGAAGAAAAAGAAGAUAAGGGGGAAAGAAAAUCUGAAAACAGUAAUUCUGGUGCUGAAGAUGACUUAAAGGAUCCUACUCCAAAUCCAUUAGAAAAAUACAUGAGAAUAAUUCAGCAGAGAAGAGAGCAGGAACCAGCAAACAAGGAUUCAAAGAGAGAAGAAAUGGGAGAAGUAUCACUUACAGAGGGACUUCUGUCCAGUGAAAAGGAUGACAGUGCUACAGGCAAUUCUCAUGGAGACACAGAUGAAAACUUCUGGUGAAAAAUAUCUACUGAUUUUUUCUUUUUUAUUUUUAUUAAUACUACAAUGGAGAUAUUUUUAAAGCAUCUUUCUACUGGUAAGAAGUUGUAAUAAGUUUUAGGCACAAAAAUUGCAGGCUGUGUAAUUACUAAUUAAUAAAGUUGAUUUUGAACUAUCUCAUCACUUCAGUCACCAACUUUAACUACUGAGCCCUGAUGUGCUAUUAAUCCAGAAUGAGGCACUUGAGUGGGGACAGAGGAAGGACAAAACCGCAUAAAGAAAGGAAUCUGUAUGUUCAGGUAGAUUGGCUUUGGCGCUGAAUUCCUAUACACACUGACAGCUUUUCAAGUUGUAUGCACCCCCCAACCCCUUCCCCUCGACUGUUACAAACUGUAGGUCAAAGAUAUGGUGUACAGGUAACAAAAAAACUCAGUCAUCACAGCAUUUUUACAGGUGUCCUGUGAAGACCUUUGCCUUGUGCAGAGAGCAGAGUGUCAGAACCAAGCUGAUAUGGCCCUGUUGCUGCUAUGGCAGGGGGAAAAAAGCACUUUAAAAGCAGCCUUAUCUCAUGUAUCACCUUGUUGGUAUUAACCAGCCCAGAAUGGAGAGAUUCAAAUAAAAAAUGCUAUUUAACUCAUCUUUAUUUAAGCUUUGUAUUUUGUAGGUAGAUUAUAGGCAAGAUCAUUAAACUUUAUUUACAGUAUAAAAUACAGUAUUUUUAUCAAUGAAGUAAUUUUGAGUGGCAGCAUAUAUUACAACUUGCACUGCAUCUGAGGCUGCUCAUCUUAACCUAACUACAAGAACGUGAAGCCAAGUUUGACAGAAUAUAGGGGCAAAAACCAAAGCUCUGUCUUGUAAAUUAAUUGGCUGUUGAAACACGAUGUAUCAAAAAUGCGACAGAAAUAAACUUUGCUUUUAGAAAUUAAGAUAAAAGAGUGAUUUGGUGGCUAGUCUGAUUUCACAUGCUGCUUAAUUUGGUGUUGCAGCAAUGCUAGCAUUUCCAGAAUUUCCAAGAGGCUCCUUCUGUUUGACAUCAGGAAUGGGAUGGAUAGUGCUCGUUGCAUUAUGCUGGCCUGGAACAACUACCAAUACUUCAUGCUAGGAACACUCGCUGACUUACCAUGCUGAAGCGUACACCUAUAGGGCAUCCCUUCCCAGUACACAAGCAAAUGGACACUAUAGAACAAAACGUGUUUAACUUCAGAUAGAGACAUGAAGCCUAGAGGUGCAUUAGUAUGGAGUAGCUGUAGGUCUCGUUUCAAAUAAGCGUACACAAGUGUUGUCUAUUAUCUACAAAUAUUUAUUUUAACACUUGGAUGUAACUACAGGAAGCCCUUGGCACUGAUAGAAAAUAUUGAUUCACUGUUAGGUUACAAAAAUUUAUACAUA